AUGCAUUUCCCACCAAAUGGAGAGACAGUGCAACUGCCUGCGAAAGACGGCGGCGAGAGCGCUCAGUCAGAAAGGUGGGAUGUUAUCAAACCGUGCGACGUGAAGUCAGCUGGGGACGAUGGGGUUCCGGAGGCAACGAGCUGCUUUAAGGUCUGUGGGCUUGUGAUGAAGCGCGGGGAUGCACCAUUGGCUCCUCCAGCUGGCGGCGCCAAGAAGGCGUGGGGAUCGCUGGCCACAGCACUGGAAAUUGCAAGAGACGAUGAAGCUGUUGCCAGGGCUGUUCAGGAUUUUGAUGACCUGACGUAUGCAGUUGGCACCGACAAGUCCAAGAAAUCUCACUGGAACACGUGGCAGGCUGUUGCUGAGGCGAGAGGCAAAACUGCAUUGCCGAUGACGACUAGUUCAAUCAGGGAGGUCUCGGGGAUCCUUCGGGCCAGCGGCUACAGAUCUGGAUAUGCUUACGCUCUUGAGGCCAAACAGCAACAUAUGCGUGCUGGUUAUGCAUGGACAGACCAGCUGGAUGUGAGUCUACAAGAUGCUAAGCGCGCUCUGCAAAGAGGACUGGGACCCAGCUCAAAGUCCGAGGAGGUGAAGUUGGAAUGGUGGGAGACCCUCUGGAGAGUGCGUGUGGAUAGAUCUUCUCAGAGGCCUGGCUGGCCUUUGGGAGGGCCAACAGCAUGGGCGCCACUCAUUGGAACAGUUGCAGAUCCUUGGAUGUUUGCGGAAAAGGAGGCGGUUAUCGAGGCUGCGCAGUGGGACGUCCGGGAGCUGCUCAGACUCAACCCAGACCUGGAACUGAAGUUGGACCCAGACGGCGUGACUGGCCACUUUAUGCGCAGGUCUGGGGUGAAAAGGUUAGCGCGAUCUGGUGUGCCUGUGGAGAUUAUCCAGUUCAUGUCCAGGCACAGUAGUCAGGCGGUGUUUGAUUACAUUGAAGGCGCUAUGGAAGAGUGCCCUCAAAGGCAUGAGAUGCUGGCCAAAUACCUUGCAAACAAGUCUGAGCUAGACAUGAUGCGGGAGCAGUUCUCAGCGCUGGACAAGCGAGUGGCCAAAGUAGAAGCUUCUAGCUCACAAGCGGCUGGAGAUCACGCAGUGCAGAUUGUUGUGCAGAAUGGUCUGGAGCCACAGAUGCUGAAGGCGGAGAUUCAGAAGAUCCUUCGUCCUCCUGCAGUGCUUAAUCAGAGUACCGGUAAGGUUCAUUCCACCCGAGGCUGUGUGUUCAGAGGGUCUCCAGCGUCGUGGACUACGGCGUGUGGAUGGCCGUGGGUCAUGGCGGCAUGUCCCACGGUGGAGUUGGAUCAAGAGCAGCUUGAAAGUAAAGAUUGGUCUUUCUACGAGAAGUGCCUUUGGGACUAG